CGCCCACGAAGCUCAUCCACUCCACGUGUCUUCAUUUUCCUCUCGUCGUCAACGUUCGUGAUGCAGAAAGCCGUCGUUCUACUCCUAUGCGUCGCGUCAGCGCUCGCAGAACCGACAAUCUGGUUCAAAGAAACCUUCGAAGACGAGGGCUGGAAAGACAGAUGGGUUGCAUCGACCCAAAAAGGCAGCGAGGCAGCCGACUUUAAGUGGUCUGCCGGCAAGUUCUAUGGCGAUCCAGACAAGGACAAAGGAAUCCAGACGAGCGUGGACGCUCGUUUCUAUGCGUUGUCGGCCAAGUUUCCCGAGGCGUUCUCGAACGAGGGCAAGACGCUUGUCGUGCAGUUCACCGUGAAGCAUGAGCAGAGCAUCGACUGUGGUGGCGGAUACGUGAAGAUCUUUCCGAGCUCGUUGGAUCAGACGAAGAUGCAUGGGGACUCACCGUACAACAUCAUGUUUGGUCCCGAUAUUUGUGGAUAUAGCACGAAAAAGGUGCACGUUAUUUUCAACUACAAUGGUAACAACCUACUCACCACCAAGGACAUCAAGUGCAAGGACGAUGCUCUCACUCAUCUUUACACUCUCAUCCUUAAACCAGACAAUACGUAUGAAGUCAAGAUCGACAAUGAAAAAGUCGAGUCUGGUAGUCUGGAAGAUGAUUGGGGAUUUUUGCCCCCUAAGGAGAUCCCGGAUCCUGAUGCUAAGAAGCCUGAGGACUGGGAUGAUAAGCCAAAGAUUGAUGAUCCCGAAGACAAGAAACCGGAGGACUGGGAUAAACCUCAGCACAUUCCUGAUCCGGAUGCUAAAAAGCCAGAGGAUUGGGAUGAUGAUCUCGACGGUGAGUGGGAACCUCCGCAGAUUGAUAAUCCCGACUACAAGGGCGAGUGGAAACCAAGACAAAUCGACAAUCCUAACUACAAGGGGGAAUGGGUCCAUCCUAAGAUUCAAAACCCGGAGUACAAACCUGAUGCCAAUCUCUACAGAUACGAAGAUAAUGCAUACAUUGGAUUUGACCUCUGGCAGGUGAAGUCGGGUACAAUCUUCGACAAUGUUCUUAUUACCGAUGAUGCAGACUAUGCAAAACAGUUUGGAGACGAGACUUGGGGAAAGACGAAAGAUCCGGAGAAGAAGAUGAAAGACGAACAAGACGAAGCAGAACGGAAACAACGAGAAGAGGAAGACAAAAAGAAAAAAGACGAGGAAGGCGAUGGUGAUGAUGAAGAUGAAGAUGAAGAGGAUGAAGACGAAGGAGCUGAGGAUGAUGAGGGCGAAGAGGGUGGUUCAGAUGAAGCACCCGAAGGCGAGGAAGAGGAACCAACCUUAGAAGAAGGUGGAGAGGGCGACGACAGUGAGGAAGCACCAGCCAAGGAUGAACUAUAAGACACAGAGAUUAGAGUCAGUGAGUGACUUCCUAGCUAGUUGUCCUUUCAAUUGUUGUUGUUUGCAAAAUGUUUUAAUGUUAAACUCCAUAAAAAGAAGAAAAUGCGAAAAAAUGG